AUGAUUGAUGGUGAAAUUCCGUAUGUUGAUCCAGCGUUAUUUGCCAACAUCGACGAGACAGCCAUAGCGAAAGCAGCAUUGAGGACUCAAGGUGGUAAAGAAAUUGCAUCAGCGGAAGGUACCACGCAAGCUGAUCCGUUAGCCAUGCCGUUAUACGCCGUCGCCAUUACUCCACUCCUGCUCAUGAUUAAAUCUGAUGAAGCUAGUGAUGUAAGGCAUGUUGCGUACGCGGAUGAUCUUAGUGGUGCAGAAAAAAUGACAAAAAUCAUUUCAGCUGUGGGACGACCAUUUGGCUUAGGGAUGCUUUACGAUCGUCGCUCUGAAAAGUUGAUUCUUGGUAUAACAUUAUGGUCUCCGGAUAAUUUGAAAGCCGCUAUCAACACUAGACCCCAACCAUUCACUAAUUCUGAAGUUUUCACAGAAAACAAGGUUGAAGAUAAGACGAGUGCUCUUGACAUAGAAGCAAGCCUAAAGUUAAGUUUUCUGUUCGGGCUAGUGAACGUGGAAGGCGCCGCAAAGUAUUUAAAUGAUACCAAAACAUCAAAGAAUCAAUGUCGGGUUGUCUUGAAAUAUGAAACAACUACAGAACUCAAACAUCUCACCAUGGAACAUUUAGGAACGGGGAAAAUUCAAUAUCCCGAGGUGUUUGAUACUGAUGAGGCAACGGAUGUUGUGGUUGGUAUACUGUACGGAGCAAAGGCAUUCAUGGUAUUUGACAAGGAAGUCUCUAAGGACGAAACGUUAAAAGAAGUACAUGGAAACAUGGAAGUUUUGGUGCAAUCUUUGCCAGGAUUAUCUGUUGGUGGACACGGGACCGUUAGUAUUACUGAGGAACAAAAGAAAAACGCUGAAAACAUGCGUUGCCAGAUGUAUGGAGAUUUCCGUACCAGCGAAAGUCCAACAAAUUACGAAGAUGCAGUAAAAAUUUACAAACAGUUACCUUCAUUGAUUGGUGAGAACGGAGAAAAAGCAGUUCCAAUUAAAGUAUAUUUGUGCCCAUUGAGUUCAAUCGACAGCAAAUGCCAAAGAUUAGUAAGAGAGAUCAGCUCAAGUCUAAUUAGAAAAUCAGCUGAAAUCCAAGAGCACCUCCAGUCUGUGAUAGCAGAAUGCAAUGAUCUGAUGAGAGAAGAUAUAUGCGUUCAUUUUCCAAGAAUAGGAAGACAACUUAAACAUUAUUUGAAAACGAUUGAGUUGUACAAACUCUUUCUACAGAAGAAAAUACUGGUAGUUCUUCCUCAAAUUCGAGGUGGCGGAGUAGACGAAAUUGAGCUUGCUCAAAUCAUUGAAAAAAAGGAAGUAUCGCCGUUUUCUUGCGAAGCCCUCACACAUUGGCUUGGAUGCAAGAAACAAGAAAUGAAGAGAUUACAUGGUUUAAUUCGUCCACUUAAAGAAACUCAAGUCGUCAUUCCAGAAGCUGUACAGGAUGAAGUGUAUAAUCAUGAAAUUCAGUUUAUAGUUUGUUGUACGUUCAAAAUUGCCUGCGAAGAAGACGAACAGAUAUUGAAAAUGGAUGCCUAUCUGAUUGAUGGCGACGGGUCAAGUGAAAGCGUUGCAAAAAAUGCCCUCAAAGCUGACGAAAAAUUGACAUACAAGAAAAUACGUAAAGCAUUGGGGCAUUUCACGACGCUAAAAUCGGUCAAUAAAGAAAACUGUUGUGUGGAAUUUCUCGUGACUGAUGAGCCGCUCCCCCAUGACUACGAGGGUAAAACAGGGGCUUUUAUUUACUUCUAUGAAGACGGAGAUAUUGAGAACGAAGAUCUGACCUCACAGCCCCCGCCUAACAACCUGAAAUUAGAAAAAGCAGAGGAAAGUACGUUGCAAAUUUCCUGGGAUGGUCAAUCUGAGAACACUGUAACGAAUUACAAGGUUCAAUACCAGGAUGAAGCUGGCGGAGAUACGUGGUCAAGUGUUGAUGUUAAAUCCAGCGGCGAAGUUCGGAAUUUUGUCACUCUUACAGAACUUAAACUAGCAACGAAAUACUUCAUCCGAAUCUGCGCGGUACGAAAAAUCAUUGUAAGUAAGUACAGUGAGGUAUUUUCUGCCAGUACGAAGCCAGCCAGUCCUCCUGGUAAACCAGAACUACAAGAGGCUACAUCUGAAUCACUAACAAUUGUUUUCAAAGAACCACAACGUCUCGGAAAGGAUGUUCAGAUCGUCAACUAUAAAGUCGAGUGGAGCCAAGAUGACUGGAAAACUCGAAAGAUGGAACAGACCGACGAUGCAACGCCAAGGUAUACUCUAAAAAAUCUUCAUCCGUCAAUGUCAUUUGUCUUCAGAGUCACAGCUAACUGUGGGGACGCGGGAGAAAGCAACAACAGUCCUUCCAGCGACGUAUUUUCGACCUUCGCGCGAAAGCCAACGUUUCAACCAGACAAAAUCCUUGGUUUGUGUCAGCUUGUCCAGCCACCUCAGGACGGCGAACCUGCUGUCUACACUCUUCCUUUAACUUCAGUAUUCGAAGAUAGUGUUUUUCAAUUACGUAAAUACGAGAUAAACCUCAACGACGGAGAAAACGAUGCUCCGAGAACAAGUAUACCAAAUAAAGUUAUAAUGAUGGUUGGAUCAACUGGCUCAGGAAAAACUACCACAAUAAAUGCUAUUGUCAAUUAUAUUCUCGGAGUCGAGUGGAAAGAUUCUUUCCGACUGAAAAUGAUUCAUGAAGAUUCUUCCAAGCAAGGAUCAGAGAGUAUGGGGGACCAGACACGCAACCGGACGCAUUUUGUCACCUGUUACACCUUGCUGCAUUCGAAAGGUUUCAAGGUACCGUACAAUCUUACUAUUGUGGACACCCCUGGGUUUGGAGACACGAAAGGAAUACAACAAGAUAAAAUGAUAACGAAUCAAAUUCGCACGUUUUUCGAAACCAGUGGCGAUGGAGGGAUUGAUCAUAUUGACGCCAUCUGCUUUAUAGCUCAAGCUGGGAUACCAAGGCUCACACCCACCCAACGUUACGUAUUUGACAGCAUUCUGGCCAUGUUUGGCAAGGAUAUUGAGAAGAACAUAACAGUUCUAUUCACCUUUUCCGAUGGCGAGAAACCCCAAGCUUUAGCCUCUCUGCAAGAGGCCGGAGCCCUUGGUAAGGAGGAUAUGUACUUCACGUUGAAUAACAGCGCACUCUUCGCUGACAACUCCCAAAGGCAAAGUAAUUUUAUAUUUGGCUCAAUGUUUUGGACGAUGGGAAUGAAAAAUUUGGAAAAAUUCUUUAAAUGUCUUAAUGAAAUGGAAAGCAGAAGUCUUGUUCUGACAAAGGAAGUCUUGCAGGAAAGAGUGGAACUUGAAGUUCGAGUGUGUGGCUUGCAGAAUAAAAUAAACUGCGGACUAAACACACUUAGCCGCCUUCAGCAAGAAGAGAGAAUAUUCAAACAACAUGCCACCGAGAUUAACGACAUCAAAAACUUUAAGUACACUGUAACUGAAGAAAGAAGAGUGAAAGUUCCACUGGACUCUGGUACGUACGUAACCAACUGUCCCACUUGCAAUUAUACCUGCCAUUACCCUUGCAGUAUCCCAAGGAGUGAAGAUAAAGAACGCUGCGCAGCCAUGAAAAAAGGACAAUGCAGGGAAUGCCCCAAUCACUGUCACUGGUCAAUUCAUGUAAAUGACACCUAUCGAAUGGAAACUGAAAACGUUGAAGUCGAAAAAAAAUAUGAUGGCCAAGAAGGGAAAACCAAAGUCGAAGGAGAAAUCGAACGUGUUCGGGCGGAAUUCAACGACACUCAGGAAAUUGUUCUUGCGUUUGUGGCAGAAAUGCAACGUGGCUUAAAACGGCUUUCGGAAAUCGCUCUGAAGAAAGAUCCCCUUCAACAAGUCGAUUAUCUUGAUCUUCUUAUUCAAUCAGAAGAAAAGCAAGGCAAACCUGGUUUCAAAGAUCGUGUGAAGGCUCUUAUAGAAACACAACGUAUGGCUGAGCAGGUUAAUAAAAUGGCAAAACUUGGCUAUGAUCCAUGGAAAAAUUACCGGGAAAAUGAAAACACACGAAAGUAUCUUGAAAAAGAAAACGAAAAUCAGAAGGACAAUUUUGCGACUCGGGCUGUUAGGCUUGUUAGCGAAAAAUUAAUUUUACAUUAA